UUUUUGUUUUGUUAAAAAGUGAACGAAAUGCUUGUCCUUGAUCUGCUGCCUUAAUUCUGGUUAAAUACGCGCAGGCUGCAAUGCCGUUCUCAUACUGCAGGUGUCAUGCCUGUAAAUUAAGGUAGAGUAAGACCCCUCUCCUACUAACCCUUAUGAAAGUUUUCCACGGUAAAUUUGUCCUGUCAUUUGUGAUGUGGUGUAAAAGGAGCUAAAUGUUGCUUCUUUUCCCUGUUGUGUCCUAUAAAUGAUGAAAAGACACUGAUGAGUGGUUUUGAAACGAAAUUAGACCACUCAGACUCUUUUAAAUGAAUUAUGAAGCGACGAGACGCAGUUCUGUUGUAAACGAGCUUCUACAGCGCGGUUUCCUUGUGUUAACGCACUUUCCACAGCGCUAGAUAUCAUCAUUCCCAGCAAUGCUUUUAAAGGCACUCAAAUCCACAUCAUUAAAAAGUAUCUAAUGGGUUAGUUGUUAGUUUGCUGGCCCGUCCUUCUCUGAAAGCGUCGCUUGUGCAGAGCUGUAUAUGAAUGUCUCAUGACGGUACAGUACUGUAGUGACUUUGCUAAAUACAGUAUCGCCAUCAAAGAGAACUGCCUGCAAACCAGAGAGAACACCUCAUCUUCAACCUGAACACAGAGUCACCAUGUCAGAGCUAGAGAACAGCAUGCUGUCCAUCAUCAAGGUGUUUCGCCGAUACUCCGGGCACAAGAGCAAGCUCAGGAAGGCAGAGCUGAAGGAGCUGAUCAACAACGAGAUGUCUCAGUUCAUACAGAAAAUUGAGGACUCGGAGACUCUGGACCGAGUCUUCGCGGAUUUGGACGAAAACGGCGAUCUGGAAAUCGACUUUCAGGAGUUCGUGGUGAUGGUUGCCAUGGUGACCUCGGCCUGCUACGACCUGUCCGAGCCCCAGCACCACGCGUCAGGUUGAGACAGACAGCGCUGUAAAUCUACUGCACUUUUACCACAGCGGCGCUUUGUGCUAGAAAUGGUUUGUUUUUCAAAAUAAAGCCGAUUGAAAGUUUACCGCAGUUUGGUCUUGUUAUUGGAGGCGGUUAUAACUCACACAUGCCAGCAGUCCCUAUAUGCUCGGGACAGUCCCGGUUUCCAAGCACAUGUCCCACGUCCCGAUGAAGAGGAUAUUUAUCCUUGGAAAUUCUUCACCGCUCCAGGGCAUCAUUCAAACCCUGGGUUAUUAAACAUUUAGAGAUUUUGAGUGGCCGGCGAGAGAUGGGGGUUGGAUUAGUGGUUUUGUUAAUGUCUUCGUUGACUGUGUGGCUGCUGUUGUGGGUUUUAAUGUAAGCACGGGUGAUGCUGCAGAAGAUAGCUGUCUUCCAUUGAAAAUGAGCCUCAGUUUGGACCCUUGGGGAAGGCUGCACGGAUUUCAAACCCUGUUCAGUGCAGAGGGCUGAGUGGCGCAGCAGGCAAACACAUCCUCCUCUUUUAGAGGUUCGGAACGGGCUUCUCUUGUUGGGUUUGGUACUGUAGUUCACACAUCACAGAACAUUACUGUUUAUUAAUGAUGUCAUUAACACACACACACACACACACACACACACACAC